CGCCUGCAUGGUCCUCGCCCCCGCGGCGCCCGCGCCCGCGCCCUCCCCGCCCGGCUCGGCCUCGUCGCGCUCCCGCUCCCGCUCCUCCUCCUCCCGCCGCCGCCGGGCUUGGGGCUAGCAUGCUCUCCCGGGUGAAGUCGGCCGUGGCCAAUUUCAUGGGCGGCAUCAUGGCUGGCGGGUCGGAGCACGGGGCCGGGGCCGGGGCGGGGGGGUCGGACUUGCCCCUGCGGUUCCCGUACGGGCGGCCCGAGUUCCUGGGUCUGUCCCCGGACGAGGUGGAGUGCAGCGCCGACCACAUCGCCCGCCCCAUCCUCAUCCUCAAGGAGACCAGGCGGCUGCCCUGGACCACGGGCUACGCGGAGGUUAUCAAUGCAGGGAAAAGCACGCACAAUGAAGACCAGGCCAGCUGUGAGGUGCUGUUCAUUAAGAAGAAGACUGGGGUCACCUUCACCCCCAGCAAAAACUCAUCCGUGAAGAGGAGGUCUUCUCUCCCCAACGGAGAGGGGCUGCAGCUCAAGGAGAACUCAGAAACAGAUGGCAUCACGUGCCACUACUGGUCGCUCUUCGACGGACACGCCGGGUCCGGGGCGGCCGUGGUGGCCUCCCGCCUGCUGCAGCACCGCCUGGUAGACCAGCUGCAGGACAUCGUGGACAUCCUGAAGAACUCGGCCGUCCUGCCCCCGACCUGCCUUGGGGAGGAGCCGGAGCAGCCGCCGGGCCACAGGACUCUGACCAGGGCCGCCUCCCUGCGAGGAGGGGUCGGGGGCCCGGGCUCCCCCAGCACCCCGCCCACCCGCUUCUUUACCGAGAAGAAGAUCCCACACGAGUGCCUAGUGGUCGGGGCCAUUGAAAGUGCGUUCAGGGCAAUGGACUUACAAAUUGAACGGGAGCGGAAGACAUACAACAUAUCCGGGGGCUGCACUGCCCUCAUUGUGCUGUACAUGUUGGGGAAACUGUAUGUGGCCAACGCUGGGGAUAGCAGGGCCAUCAUCAUCAGGAAGGGAGAUGUCACACCCAUGUCUUCAGAGUUCACACCCGAGACUGAGCGGCAGCGGCUUCAAUAUCUGGGCUUUAUGCAGCCUCAUCUCCUUGGGAAUGAGUUCACCCACUUGGAGUUUCCCAGAAGGGUUCAGCGCAAGGAGCUGGGGAAGAGGAUUCUCUACAGGGACUUCAAUAUGACAGGCUGGGCAUACAAAACCAUCGAGGACGAUGACUUGAAGUUUCCCCUUAUAUAUGGAGAAGGCAAGAAGGCGCGGGUGAUGGCCACCAUCGGCGUGACGCGGGGGCUCGGAGACCAUGACCUGAAGGUCCACGACUCCAACAUCCAGAUCAAGCCAUUCCUCUCUCCGGCUCCCGAGGUGAGAGUGUACAAUCUGUUGCAGUACGAGCACGGAGCGGACGAUGUCCUGAUCUUGGCCACGGACGGGCUGUGGGAUGUCUUAUCCAAUGAAGAAGUGGCAGGGGCUAUCACCAGCUUUCUACCCAACUGUGAUCCUGAUGAUCCACACAGGUACACCUUGGCGGCCCAGGACCUGGUCAUGCGAGCCCGGGGUGUGCUGAAAGACCGAGGCUGGCGGAUAUCCAGCGACAGACUGGGCUCCGGGGACGACAUCUCCGUCUACGUCAUCCCUCUGCUGCACGGAAACAAGCUGUCCUGAGGGCGGCCCUGGCGGGCCCUGGGGUGGCAAAGA